GCGCUGACGCCGCCCGGUUCAGCCCAGUUGAGCCCAGUUGAGUCCCGUCCGGCGGGCGCUGCCGCCUCCAGUCCCUGCUUUGGCGCCGCCGGGCGCGGAGGCGCUCGCAGGGCUGCGGUUGAGUCACCCCGGGCACAGCCGGGGCACCGCUGGGGGCACGGAGACCCCCGCAGCUGGGCAGGUGGUGGCUCUGUUCCGGGGUGGGGGAACCCCCCCGUGUGUGGCGGUAAACAGGAUACGAGCGGCUGCGGCGGGGAGACAGCGGCAGCAUCACCCCUGCCCCGGGCAGAGCCGCGGGAUGAGCGGGGGGGAUCCCCCCCAGCUGCCCCCAGCUGCCCCUCGGGAUGCUGGCAUCGCUGGUGCACGCCCGGCGCGCUGAGCCGCCCGAGUCCCCGCGCUGUCCCCGCGCGGUCCCCGCGCUGUCCCCGCCGCCCCGCAUGGCGCUGCAGCCCGAGCCGCCGCUGGACCUGAGCUUCCUGACGGAGGAGGAGCGCAGCUGCAUCGCCCGGGUGCUGCAGCGGGACUGGCAGCUCCGCCGGCGGGAGGAGGGCCGCAUCAGCAAACUCCGCAAGUCGGUGUCGGACCCGGCGCGGCUGCGGAGCCUCACCGGGGACUGGUUCAGCGACGCCCGCGCGCAGCGCCACCAGCACCCGCUGGGCUCCGACCUGGUGCGAGCCUCCAUCCGCCGCAGGAGGCGGCCCCGGGGACCGGGGGAGUUGGAGCGCGGCCUCAGCCUGGAGGCCAUCGAUGAGCCGCUGGCAGAGGAGAGGGAGGAUGAGGAUGGUGCCUUGGAGACGGACGAGAGUUCCCCCGCCGAGGAGGUGCAGGAGGCCACUGAGCCCCAGCCCAGCCCCCCCGGCCCGGCUGCGGAGGGGACCCCGGGCUCACAGCCCGCGCUGCAGGGUGAUCCCCCGAGGGAGCAGGAGAGCCCGGCCCAGCCAGGUGACCCGGGGGGUCCCUCCCUGGGCUCGAGCAGCACCGAGGAGGAUGAGGAGGAGGAGGAGCCAGACUCGGCGCAGAGCAGCCACAGCGCUGGGCAGAGACCAGAGACCCCCCAGACGGAUCAGACGCCCCCAGACUCACUGUCCCCACAGAACGGCCACACCCCCCCGAGGCUGCUGAGCACCAGCUCCUCCGUGUCCAGCCUCAGCUGCCCGCAGCUGAGCGGGAGCCUGAUGAGCCUGUACAGCGAGGGGGAGCUGGGCAGGGUGCCCGUGCGGGGCUGCGUGCAGUUCUCCCUGCACUACCAGGCGGCCGAGAAGGAGCUGCAGGUGCACGUCCUGCGCUGCCGCCAGCUGGCCGAGGCCAAGAAGCAGCGCUCGGACCCGUACAUCAAGACCUACCUGCUGCCCGACAAGUCCAACCGCAGCAAGCGCAAGACCGCGGUGAGGAAGAGGAGCUUGGACCCCGUCUUCAACGAGACCCUCAAGUACAAGCUGGAGAAGAGGGAACUGCAGGGCCGGACCCUGAACCUGUCCGUGUGGCACCACGACAGCCUGGGCAGGAACCUCUUCCUGGGCGAGGUGGAGGUGGCCCUGGGCACCUGGGACUGGGCCAACACGCGGCCCGAGUGGUUCAGUCUGCAGCCACGGAUGCCCAUCCCCUCGGACGGCCUGGCCAGCCGUGGCAGCCUCAACCUGGCCCUCAAGUUCAUCCCCGCCGGCUCAGAAGGAGCGGGGAUGCCACCCACGGGCGAGCUGCACAUCUGGGUGAAGGAUGCUCAGAGCCUCAUCCCGCUGCAGAGCGGCACCGUGGAUGCCUUCGUGCAGUGCUACGUGCUGCCCGACGACAGCAAGGCCAGCCGGCAGAAGACGCGGGUGGUGAAGCGGAGCCUGAACCCCCUCUUCAACCACACCAUGGUGUACGACGGCUUCCAGGCCAGGGACCUGGCCGAGGCCUGCGCCGAGUUCACCCUCUGGCACCACGAAGCCUUCUCCAAGCGCCAGCUGGGCGGCAUCCGCCUCAGCCUGGGCACCGGCAGCAGCUACGGGCUGCCCGUGGGCUGGAUGGACUCCACGGCCGAGGAGCAGGGCGUGUGGAAGCAGCUGCUGCAGCAGCCCGGGCGCUGGGUGGAGGCGCUGCUGCCGCUGCGCACCAACCUGGUGCCCCGGGGGUAGCGCCAGCCCCGCGGAGCAGCUGCUGCCAGCGGGACUGUGGGCUCUGUGCGGGCUGGGCUCUGCGCCCUCCCCUCCAGCAGCAAUGAAGGGGCACCAGAGGGCACAGCUGGCAGCUUUGUAUUGCUGGGGGCACGUCUGGCAGCUUUGUAUUGCUGGGGGCACGUCUGGUGGCUGUUCAUUGCACUGGCCAGCUCCCCCUGCCUCCUCCCUCCGCUGUGGGGCUGGAGCUGCUGCGUCCUGCUGCUCCCAGUGUGGGGCUGUGCCCUCCAUCCCCGUCCUUCAGCCCCUGGCGUGGGGGCCCUGCUCUGCCAGGGUGCCCCUUCCCUUACUGGGGUACCCCACGCUGGGCUGCCCCGUCCCCUGGGGCUCCCUCACUGGUUCCCAGGCACUGGGAGGGCUGGAGUCGCUUGUGGCCACCCACCAAUCCCACCCUGUGGCAGAACAGCCAAAUCCACAGAGGUGUUUUUGCUGUCCCAGGACUGCUGGGGCUGGGCGUGACAAUGACACGGACACCAGAAAUUACAGGAAAUUCCUUUAUUGGUUUCUGUCCCCCUGUUCCAGCUGGGGCUCUGCCCGGUGCGGGGCUGGGGCCACCAAGGGUCCCCCAGUGCCACCCGUGGCCGUGUCCCCCGGUCCCUGCGUGCCCGGGGCGUCUGGCAAGCACAGGGUGGGGGCCCAAGGUGGAAUUCAGGGCUGGAGGGCCCCCCCAGCCCCGCUGCACCCCUGGGAGCAGCCGGGGGGGCCCAGAGCCCCGGAGCAGCCCAGGCACCGUGCAGGGCUGGGGGCGCCCAUCCCACCCUGGGGUCCUGGCCUUGCAUAGUGGUGGUGCGGGGGCUGUGCAGGGGGACACCAGCGGCGGCCUCUUCACCUGGGGGGGCC